AGAAACUAUUAGAAAGAUCGAUGUUCUUCCUUUUGAACACACCGUCGUUGACAAAAAGAAAAAGAAGAAGAAAGAUGAUCGUCUUGAAAAGUGAUUUGAGUUAAGGUUGCACAAGAAGUUGACCAAUACAAAAGAAAAAGGCAUUGAAAAAGAAAAAGGCACUGAAGAAGAAAUGGCAAGAACUAGCGUCAAGACAACGGUAUCAGAGCAAUCAAGACUGUCCCCUUCUUCCAGAGGGGCAAGCCACUACGAUGUGUUUAUCAGCUCUAGCUGCGACGACGGCACUCGCUACACCUUCGUUAGCCACCUUUCGGCCGCUUUAAAGCGCCUAAACAUCACCGUCAUGGAGGAAGACGACAAAAACAAGGUGCCUGAAACCAGACAGUACUUACCCAAGAAGACUAGACUGGGGAUAGAGAGAUCCAAGAUCUGUGUUGUUGUUCUCUCGGAGGAAUUCGCGUCGUCCAAACAUAGCCUGACUACUCUUGCGGAGGUUAUUGAGUGGCGGCAUAGCAAAACAGGACAGACAGUGACGGUGGUUCCUGUCUUUUACGGCGUAGAUCGCUCAGAAGUGGAGCAACAGAUUGGGAAAUACGGAGAGGCAUUUUCUGAGUACGAGGCAUCUGAGCCUAAAGAUCGUGUUACCGAAUGGAGAAACGCUCUAAAGGAAGCAGCAAGCUUAAAGGAAGGUCUCCAAUCAAAUGACGAAUCCAGUGACUUGAAACUUAUGGAAGACAUUGUCUCAUACGUACAUGAGAGGCUAUUUCCCGCGGACAAGAUCGGGGUCAAUACAAGAGUGUUGGAGAUAGAAAACUUGCUCAGUAAGCAAUCAUGGGUUGUCCGCAGCGUAGGAAUUUGGGGGAUGCCCGGUAUAGGCAAGACCACCAUCGCAAAAGCAGCCUUUGACCAGAUGAAAGGGAACUUUAAAUCUCGUCGCUUCAUCCCAAACUUCGAGAGAGAUUUUAAGAAGGAAGGAAUGUCUCGUUUAAGAGGGCAACACUUACCACCACAUGUGAAGCAGAAGCUUGACAUCAACAUGUCCAUUACUAACAACAGCCAAAUUUUGGAAGAAGAAAGUGUGUUCUUAGUUCUUGAUGAUGUGCGGAAUCCUAUAAACGCAGAGUCUUUUCUUGGAGGGUUCGAGUGGUUUGAUCCAGGAAGUGUGAUAAUCAUAACUUCAAGAGAUAAACAAGUGCUUCUUCAAUGUAGAGUGGUUGAAAUAUAUGAGGUCAAGGGUUUAGAUGAUAAGGAAGGUCUGAAGCUAUUUUCCCAGUGCGCGUUCGGAGAGCCUAAACCUGAAGAUGACAACAUGAAAGUCUCAGAUAUGAUCGUUAAUUAUGCUAAUGGAAACGCUAAAGCUCUCAGCUACUAUGGAAAUGAACUUAAGGGAAAGAAACCAGAAGAAAUGGAGGUAGAAUUUUGCAAACUCAAGCUAAAUCCUCCUUCUGAGAUUCUUGAAGUAUUCAAGAACAGUUAUGAUGAACUUGGUGAUGACGAGAAGAACAUAUUUCUGGACAUUGCUUGUUUCUUUAAGGGAGAUAACGUUGACCGUGUGAUGCAAGUUCUUGAUGGUUGUGGUUUCUUCCCAUGUAUUGGGAUUGACUAUCUUGUUGAGAAGUCUCUUGUGACUAUUUGCGGGAAUAAAGUGGAAAUGCAUAAUCUAAUACAAGACGUGGCCAUAGAAAUCCUUCGUCAAGAAGUAAUGGUUGGGAUGGGUCGCAGACUCUGCGGGGCUAAAAGCACUCAAUCUCUUCUAGACAAUGAAGAAACCAAACCAAAUGGGGAAGACAAUGAAAGGGAAGACAUUGAAAGCCUAUUACUGGAAGCAUCUGGUUUGAGCUUUGUUGUUGACCCUGGUGCGUUUGAGGAUAUGUGUAACCUUAGACUGCUGAAAAUUUACAGCUCGGAUCCUGAAAGGCGCCCUGAACUCGAUCUUUCCAUGGGUCUAGUAUCUCUGCCUUACGAGCUACGGCUUCUCCAUUGGGAGAAUUACUUUUUGCGGUCCCUGCCGGAAGAGUUUGAUCCUGACAACCUUGUGGAACUGAAUAUGCCUUACAGUCAACUUGAGGAACUGUGGGAAGAAUCCAAGAACCUCAACUCUCUGAAGACAAUCAAUCUUCAUCAUUCUGAGAAACUAGUUGACAUCCAAGAACUUAAAGACGCUCACUAUCUUCAGCUAGUCGAGCUACAAGGCUGUAUUAGCUUGGAGAUCUUUCCAUGCAUAGAGCAUUUGAAUCACCUUCAGGUUCUCAAUCUAUGUGGCUGCAUAGGGAUCAAAAUCUUUCCAGAGGUUCCACUAAACAUCAAAGAAUUGUGUCUCAAGGGGACUAGCAUAAGCGAAAUACCUGCAUCUAUUGAGUCCCUCUCAAAACUAGUCAAGCUGGACCUAGGGAACUGCAAAUUACUUCAGAAUUUUUUAGUAAAGAUCUACAACAUGGAGUCUCUUCAAGUGCUCAAUCUUUCUGGCUGCAAAACGCUCAAGAGCUUUCCGGAGAUCCCAAAACGAGUAGAGAAUCUCCAGUAUCUCUAUCUAAGCGGUACAGCCAUUGAGGAAUUACACACUUCAAUUUCUAACAUGCUUUGUCUCAAAGUGCUUGAAGUGAGCAAGAACCUUAAGCCACCUUUCAGCCUGAAGGACUUAAAGGAUCUGAAGGUUGUUGAAAUAGAUGAAGAGAUUCACAAAUCCUUUUGAGGAUGAAUGUGGCAUGUAUUAGUGUAUGUUAUUUUUUUCAAAAGGAUUUCUAUUUUAGAUUUUUAAAUAGUUACCACGAUAUCUAUUUUACUUGCUUUUGUUGUGCACGUUGGAUUAUGAAUAUAGAUGGUUUAUGAGACUCAUCC